GACUGGCAACGAUUGCGUUAUUGUGGUUGUCAUGGAGGAAAAUGAAACUAACAAAAGAUAUAUUAGCCAACAUUAGUGAUGUUUUAGUUUAUGGAAAUUAUUUUAAGUUACAAAUUGCUUUGGAAAUUCAAUAAUUGGCUAUGUAGCUUUGUUUUGAAAUGAAUCGAAUAAUUUUCCGCCCGAGUUUCUGUGAUAUUUUGCAAUUCUUUUUUAUUUUCUUUACGUUUCACAUUUUUAUUUCUUCUGUCAGAAGUAUUCCAAUGCAUUUGUUGUCGUCUAAAUCAAAUUCAACCCUAAUAAUGAAAGGCGUACUUUCAGAAUCUUUGCUCAAUUAUGACGCAAUAAAGCCUCCAGAUCAUUUACAAGGCAUAAAAAUGGAGCGAGAUGGACAUAUCAACAAAAAUUUUAGGAAAGAAAUCAUUCUGGGUAAUCUUAGUGAGAGUGGAACUGAAGAUGAAAAACUUCUAGUUUCUGUUCAUCGAAAAGCAGAUACGAAUCAUGACGGAUUUUUAAGUGAAACAGAAUUGGAAAAAUGGAUUAACAAGAAAGUCAAAGAGCAUUUUCAUAAAGCUGUUAGAGAAAACUUUAUAAUAUUUACUUCACUUGACAAAGAUCAUAAUGGUCGUGUUAGUUGGGAUGAAUAUCAUGUAAACUUUAUGGUGGAACAAGGAUUCAAUCAUAGUUAUGCAUCAAAACAUCCUGAACAUCAUAAAACAUUAAAAAGAAAAGUGAAAGAAAAAAUUUUGUUAGACAAGGCAGCUUGGUCAGAAGCUGCCAAUUCUGAUCCAGAAGCUCUCAACAUUGACGAGUUUUUAACAUUUCGUCAUCCUGAACAUAGCCAUGUCUCACUUAUCAAUAUGGUUAAUGACAUUAUUGGUAGCUUAGAUGACAAUGGAGAUGAAAUGUUGUCAGAACAAGAGUUUAUGGAGAUGCCAGAUCCAGAUGAAACAAAUCACUCAACAGCUGAAUGGAAACAGCAAAGACUUAAGGAAUUUCGGGAGAGUAUCGAUGUAAAUCAUGACGGAAAAGUGACAAGAGAAGAGUUAAUAAUGUAUAAUGAUCCAGAAAAUCCUGUUCAUUCUAAGACUGAGGCUAGGAAACUUAUAAGAUUAGCAGACUCAGACAGAGAUCAGCUGUUAUCUUUAAAGGAAGUUCUCGCAAAGAAAGAUGUGUUUCUUGGAAGUAAAAUGAUAGACACUGCACGUAGCUUUCACGAUGAAUUCUAAUCUGUGAUAUUGUUGUGAUUUGUUUCAACUUUAGUAUUGUUUUUUAGAAAUAAAUAUAUUUUACAGUUA